CCCCUCCCGGGUCCCCUCCCGGCUCCCGAGCCAGCCUGCAGUUACUACUUGGGCACCGGUGGCACCGCAGGGCAGGCCGGAGGAGCCCGUACUCGACCAGCCGGGGGUCUGCUCCCAAGCCCAUCGGCUCCACCCGGACCAGCCGGUGCCCCGCGGCCCUCCAGGCCCCCCCUUCCCCGCGGCCCUCCAGGCCCCCCGCGGCCCCGCAUCAGCCGAGAUGUCUAAGGUGGCCAAGUACCGCCGGCAGGUGAGCGAGGACCCCGACAUCGACAGCCUGCUGUCCACGCUGUCCCCCGAGGAGAUGGAGGAGCUGGAGAAGGAGCUGGACGCAGCGGACCCGGACGGGAGCAUCCCUGUGGGGCUGCGGCAGAGAAACCAGACGGAGAAGCCGGCCACGGGCGUGUACAACCGGGAGGCUAUGCUCAACUUCUGCGAGAAGGAGACCAAGAAACUUAUUCAGAGGGAGCUGUCCGUGGACGAAAGCAAGCAAGUGGAGACAAAGGCAGAUGCCAAGAACGGAGAGGAAAGGGGCAGAGAUGCCAGCAAAAAACCCCUGGGCUCCAGACGGGACGCGGACCUGGGGAAGGAGCCAAAGAGGGGUGGUUUAAAGAAGAGCUUCUCGAGAGACAAGGACGAAGCCGAUGGCAAAGGUGGAGACAAGCCCAAGGAGGAGAAGCUCAUCCGGGGGAUCGACCGGGGCCGGGUCCGGGCCGCCGUGGACAGGAAGGAGGCCGUGAAGGACGGGCAGGCGGAAGACAGGGCAGCAGCCCCCAGGAGGGAGGACGAGAAGAGGGUCAGUGACCGCAGCGCAGGGCCGGCCAGAGCCAGGGCCAGGAAGGGAGAGGACAAGGAGCCGGGCCCAGGCGAGGGCGACGGGAAGGGAGAGGGGGAGAGGCGGCGCGCAGACCCCAGGACGGAGGACGAGGGGAUGAGAAGAGGAGACGCCAAGAGGCAGGACGAGAAGGCGAAGAAGGAGCCCGUCCGCGCCGAGGGGCCCGGGGAGCAGAGCCUGAGCCCCGCCGCUGCGGAGAAACCGGGCCCGGCGGCCCCCCUGACGGCCUCGGAAGGGCCCGCCAAGGAGGAGGACGCGGCUCCCAGCAUAUUUGACGAGCCCCUGGAGAGAGUGAAGAACAACGACCCCGAGAUGACCGAGGUGAACGUCAACAACUCGGACUGCAUCACUAACGAGAUCCUGGUCCGGUUCGCCGAGGCGCUGGAGUUCAACACGGCGGUCAAGGUGUUCGCCCUGGCCAACACGCGCGCCGACGACCACGUGGCCUUCGCCAUCGCCAUCAUGCUCAAGGCCAACAAGACCAUCACCAGCCUGAACCUGGACUCGAACCACAUCACGGGCAAGGGCAUCCUGGCCAUCUUCCGGGCCCUCCUGCAGAACGACACGCUCACCGAGCUGCGCUUCCACAACCAGCGGCACAUCUGCGGCGGCAAGACGGAGAUGGAGAUUGCCAAGCUGCUCAAGGAGAACACCACGCUGCUCAAGCUGGGCUACCACUUCGAGCUGGCCGGGCCCCGGAUGACGGUCACCAACCUGCUCAGCCGCAACAUGGACAGGCAGCGGCAGCGGCGGCUCCAGGAGCAGCGGCAGGCGCAGGAGGCCGGCGGCGGCGGCAAGAAGGAUCUGCUGGGGGUGCCCCCGCGCGCCGGCCCGGCCAAGGGCUCCCCCAAACCCUCCCCGCAGCCGUCCCCCAAGGCCUCGCCCAAGAACUCGCCCCAGACCGGGGGCGCCCCCGCCGCCCCGCCUCCACCCCCGCCGCCCCUGGCCCCACCCCUCCUCCCCGACACCCUGAGGAACUCGCUGUCACCGGCCACCCAGAGGAAGAUGGGCGACAGGGCCCUGCCCGGUCAGGAGAAGAACUCCCGCGACCAGCUCCUGGCUGCUAUCCGCUCCAGCAACCUGAAGCAGCUCAAGAAGGUGGAGGUGCCCAAACUGCUUCAGUAGGACCAGACUGCCAGGGGGCACCGUCUGCCAAUGCCAAGGCUGCCCGGCCUCGCCUCCCAGGGCCGCACAGACCCCACCCGCCCCACCCCUGGCUGACCUGCUGUGGAUGCCCCUACUCUGCCACGGGAGAGCACGAGGCCUGGCCACGCUCAAGGAAGGAUGCCUUCUCUCUUCUCACUUUCCUUUUCUUGUCUCUGAGGCUCUCCAAAAAUGUCUUUUUUACCCGGAGCUGAGCUUUCUGGACAAGAAGAGUCCUUUUAGUGUGUCACUGAGAAGAUGGCGUGCCUGGGGCCCGAGCAGCCGGCAAGUUGCAAAAGGCCCGCGGCCCGCGGCCCAGGAAGAUGUCCCUCCAGGACCGCGUAACCAGCCCAGCCCCGCUGCCCUCCAGGGCCGGGAUCCAGGCCUCUGAGGAGCCCUUGGGGCAAAGCUGCUGGGCCCCGUGGCCCUCUGUGUGCGACGCCACGGGGAGGAUGAGAGCGCACGAGGGCCCACGGGCAGAAGGAAGAGGGGCUGAGGAUACCCUCCCACCCCCUGGGCUCAGCAGAUGCCACGCGGGGCAGCUGGCCUGGGGGGACUGGGCCCCGGCCCGAGGAGGGGGAGAGACAGCAGCUGGUCCUGAAGGUUUGAUGCCAAAGCAGACAUUUCCCUCACACCCACCUGCUGUUGUAUAAAUAGCUGUGUAUCUGUUUUUCCAUAAGAUUUUGAUAAUAUAUACAAGCCUUUAGUCGUGAA